UUUGUUGUUUUGAACGUAGACGAUGUUGGUGCUUUUAGAGUUGAGACGAUUGUUUUGAAGAAUUUUGGCUUUUAUAGUAGCUUCAGACCUUUUAAUCUAAAAUUAACAAAAUUUAUUCUUUCCUUCAUCCAAUCCUUUUUAAAUUCUUUAACUAUAUCAACCACAAUACAGCUUCUGGAUUUCACCAUAAGAAAUCCGUUUUAAGCCAAAUUACUUUACUUUUAACUCACAGAUUUAAUUAUUCUCUCAAAAUUAACUAAAUGGAAAAUGAAGAGAAUGAAAAUAAUAAAAAGGAGGAGGAAGACCUUGAAAAAACAAUAAAACAACAAGAUAUAAAUCAGCAGAAAAAAUUUUUUACUGCUUGCGAGGAUGAAAUAAAAGAAUUUGGAGGAGAAUCAAAAUUUGUAAACGAAUCUGUAGAAGACCAGGGGACAAAUAAUAUAAAAAAUCAGCAACAAAAAUUCCCUUUAGAAGAUGACAUUUCUUCAUUUUCAUCAGCCUCAACUUUAUUUACCUCAAAUAAUAAUUUCUCUUCUUCUUCUCUACAAAAUUCUUUUAAAAUAAAAAGAAAAGCAAUUGUAGAAAGACAAUUUUCAAGAAAAUCUGUUACUUUUAGAAAAGAUUCUUUUAUUCAAAAAUUAGACAAAAAUAUUCAAAGAGAGGAAGAUUUAAAUAAAAAUAAGAAUUCAAUGCAGGCAAGUUUUCUUUUUAAGAAAAAAAUUUUUUUAGUAUAA